CUUCUGCUGCAUUUUCUUCCAGCAUUUCCCCACCUGCUCUCCUUUCCUUUAUCUUUCCUUUCAGAUCUGCUACAUCCCAGGAUGAGCCUGUUCCAUUCCCCGCUGGUGCUCCUAUUACUCUUCAGCGCUCCCUUUGGAGAACCAGCUGACAGCUAUUUCCUUCUUAAGGACUCCUGGCAUACAGGGGAACUUUCCAAAAACAGUGCCAAGCCAAGCCACUGGGCUGAUGCCAUCCCAUGUCCACAAAGGAAGUCCGCACCACCUUUUCUGGGCAAGUGGCAGGAGCAGCAGCGACAGCAAGGGAUGCCUCCAGGGAAGAGCAGAGUUGUCUCCGUCCCACAGGGGGCCUUGCUGGUGGAACGGGAGAAUGACCUCUCCACCUACAACUGGAACUCCUUCGGUUUAAGAUAUGGCAAGAGACAAGCGUUGCAAGCAAAGGAGAAAUUAUGAAAGUGCGGGGCUGCCAUAGCCAAGUAUGGUGGUCUGGAGGGAGAC